AUGGCCAAGCAGCAGGCGUGGCCGCGCGGCGAGUCUGAUGUGGCCUCUUCCUUGAAUCGCUACGCCCACUCGCAGUCGGGGCCGUUUGCCGAGUCUUCAUCCACCCCCCACCAGCCGUUCCGCCCUGAAAUGGUGUCCAGUACGAGCGGCGGCCGCAACCACGACGGUGAAACGCCGCCGACGGUCAUGAACCGCAGCAACCCGGCGUUUUUAAACAAGCUGCAGAGCAUGGUCGACGAUCCCAAGACGGACGAAUUUAUCCGCUGGUCACCCGCGGGCGACACAUUCCUCGUGCCAAACCACGUCAAGUUUGGCGACGAAGUCUUGCCGUGCUUCUUUAAGCACAACAACUUUAGCUCAUUUGUGCGCCAGCUCAAUAUGUAUGGCUUUCACAAGGUGCCUCACCUACAGCAGGGCGCGCUGAAGCACGAGCAGCCGUCGCAGAACGAGCUCUGGGAGUUUUCGCACCCCUACUUUUUGCGCGACAAGCCCGAGCUGCUGUCCAAGGUGCAGCGCAAGCGCAGCGGCAAGGAGCGCGACCAGGCCAGUGCACAGGUGCACGACGAGACACCGGGGAUGACGGCAAUGAGCAACGCCCUCACCCGCGGCGACUUUCACCACAGCCUCGGCGAUCCAAACGACAUGAGCGGCGCAGUGACGCCAGUGCAGCUCAACAACCUAAUGGCCGCGAUCCAGGGCAUCAAGAACAACCAGCGCACGCUCAUCGACGAAAUCUCACAGCUGCAGCACUCGAGCCAGGCGCUCUGGCAACAGGGGCUCGAGAACCGGCAGCAGACGCGCCGGCAGCAGGACACGAUCAACCGCAUCCUGCGCUUCAUGUCGAGCGUCUUUGGCUCGUCCAACGUCGGGGAUAUGCUGCAGAACCAGAGCGCGGACGCGUCGCACGCGACCGAGGGACAGACCGACAAGGACAUGCGCUUUACCCCGCACAACUCCGCGAUGGGCACGCCCAAGCAGGCGCCGGUGCGCCCGCCCAAGCGCCCACGCCUCCUCAUCGGGCAUUCGGGCAAUGUGGACGAGCCGAUGGACGACGGCGAAGUGGAAGAGAACCAGGAUCACGAUGGCGACUUUUCGCGCUUCACCGAGGCCAACAGCGACAACGAGUCGAGCCCGCCCAACACCUGGAGCCAGAUCAGCGAGCGGAACUCGCCGGACUCGGCGAAAGAUACCCCCAACCGCUCGUCCCAGUCGUCGACGCCGCGCAACGGCAACCGCAUCGUGCCACAGACGCCGCUGCAGUCGAGCCAGGCACUGGUCAAUGCACUGUCGACGCCGGGCGAAAACAAUGCGUGGCUCUCCUCGCUCCUUGCCUCGCAGUCGCCCGAGAACCAGCAGGCAGGUCGCUUCGAUCCGCAGGUACUCGCUGCUUUGCAGAAUGCCUUGGCCGACUCGGCGAACGGCAGUGCGGACGGCAGCCAGGUGCCAGAUCUGAGCGCGCUCAACAUACCCAACACGGCACAGGGCGCGUGGCCAGAGGGCGAUGUGCCGAACGGCAUGACGCAGUGGGCACAGAAUGCGAUGCCGUCGCACGCCCUCGUUCCCUCCCCGCGCCCGAACCAUUAUCUCUCCACUCAGGAAAACACAAACAACGCGUUUCCGCUGCCCGAGGAACAGUUUGCCCAGGACGUCCAGCGGGUCAACCGCGGCGUGCAGUCGAGCGCGGACCAGACCGCCAAGCUCCAAAAUUCGAUCAACCAGCUGGUACAGGGGCUGCGCCUCGACCCCAGUGCGCCGCAGCCCAAUGCGGCCAAGCCCGCGAUGCCGGUCGAGCCGGCGGCGCACGCAGGCAUGUCCAACAUGGCCCUCCCGUCGUCGUACGUCGCCUCGACCCAGGCGCCGGCUGCGCCGUCGCCAGGCGCGUCGGGCGAUUUCGAUCUGGACUCGUUCCUGAAUCAGUUUGUCGACCCGAUGAGCGCAGGCGGCUCGGGACAGUCGCCGUUUCCGGGCGCGACACCAUCGCCGCUCCAUGGCAACACACCUACGCCGAUGCCCGAGGACCAUGCAUCGGACUCAGUCACUACGGCUCCGGAGGAAAAAGGGACAUCUUCGUAA